AUGCAUCUUAUAUUCUACACCUGUCUUGUGGUUCUGGUACUUGCUCAACCUGAAUCUGACAGGAAGAAUUCGAAUUCGUCAGAGAAACAGGGCAAUGGACCUCUUGGAAGAUACAUGCCGUGGAUAAUAUGCACCCCAUGGACUAGUGGUGGAAAGGGAGGCCCGAAUGGAAACAAUACGGAUGACAAUGACAAAGAGAAUCCCCGCCCCGAAGGUAUUCUGAUUAAACUGCCAUGUUAUGGUUACAGAAAUCCCUGGUGUGGCGGCGGCAACGGCUUUUACCCGUGGUUCAACUAUGGUUACCGUGCUUCCUGGCCACGUUAUAAUUACAAUCUUUGGAAUCCUUGGAGCCGUCGCUACUCCAACAGCCAGCCAACUGGCCGCCGCCAGAAUCCAUCGAAACGUCGUGGAAACGGUAACACGAAGCCGGGAGGUCCACUUGAACACAUGGGUGAUGGUAUUGAAACAGGAAGAAAUUCUUUUCUUUCGCCCUCAGGGAACGCGAAAAGAGAUUCACGAUUCCUGUAA